AUGGGAAGACUUAGGGAAGAGUACAUUCGCCUAAGUUUCAAAGACUUCGACCUGGAAAGUUUUGAUUUUUGUGAUGGAGACGCCCUCUCUCUUUACGCAGGACCACACACCAGAACACCCACCAUAGGGAUAUUUUGCGGGAACGAACGUCCGAAUGACCUCAUUUCUACCACUAACGAACUGCACAUUGUAUUCCGUAGCGACUUCAUAUCUUCUGCUAAAGGUUUUCACGUAUCUUAUCAAACUGUAUCUUCCAGAGCUUUGUGUGAAGCGAAUGAAAUUCAAUGCCGCAACCGGAAAUGUGUAUCACAGUCCUUCACGUGUGACGGAAAGGAUGACUGUGGAGACGGAAGUGACGAAGCCACUAAAAUAUGCGGUGCUGAGGAUCCAGCGGUAACAGUACCGUGCGGACAACCGUCCAUUCCUCCACUUGAAGGAAAUGGCGAAGACCGCAUCAUUGGUGGUCAAGAGGUUCGUCCGGGCAGCUGGCCGUGGCAGGCAGACUUACAACUCUUUCCUGUUCAUCCCAACGGACACACGUGUGGGGGAACGUUGAUCAACUCUCAGUGGGUUAUCUCUGCGUCACAUUGCUUCGAAAGUUAUCCCAAGAAGGAGUUCUGGAGAAUCCAUCUUGGAAAUCACCACAAGUUCGAGAAGGGCGAUUCCGAACAGAUUCGGUACAUUGAUAAACUGGUUGUUUACCCUGAUAUUCCGGAGGAGGAGUUCCAGAAGACCAGACAGUUUGACAUCAUGAACGACAUUACUUUAUUUAAGCUGAAUGCCCCUGUCAACAUUACAGAUUACGUUCGUCCAAUCUGUCUACCACCGUUUAACGAACUUCUUCCCACAGGCACGAGCUCUUACGUCACAGGUUGGGGAGCUACCAGAGGCACCGGAAGUAACGCUGUUUUGAAACAAGCUGAACUAAAAAUUCAGGACGAAAAAGCAUGCGCAAAUCCCUUCAUCCAGUUCCAAAAAGAAACCAUGGUUUGUGCGGGGCAGAUGGAAAGAGGUCACGGGGUCUGUCAUGGAGACAGUGGCGGCCCUCUAGUGCAUAAAGCCGGGAACCACUGGAAUAUAGUUGGUGUUGCAAGCUACGUCACAGAUGUUAAUAUGAUAUCAGGACUCUGUGCAGUUAGGCCUGACAAACCGUCAGGAUUUGCAAGGGUUUCAACUAAAAUACCAUGGAUCAACGAAAUGAUUAAUAAAUAUAGUUAAGAAGCCGAAUACAAGUCUCACGUGAAGUUAACAUUUACAGUCACGUUUGAAAUUAUAGAAGAUAAAACAAUUAUAAUAAAGUGAUUUUUC